CCUCAACAAGCGUCAACUGGUUAAAAAAUAAGCGCCUACGAGAGUACUAAUUGCUUGCUCUCGAAUAAAAAUUCAACGUUAUGCGGUUACCAACACUCAGUACACUAGCGGCUGUCCGCCAAACACUAUUACAACAAGUUGAAAAGAGCAAAGUCACGCCUCUGCUGCUCCAAGCAUAUCGCCUAAAAUAUAGUAACACAAAUAGUAAAAUGGUUUCGCCGGCGCCCUUCACAAGCGAUUUUUUCUUUCGUCAGCUCUUCGAUGAGUCCACCUGGACCUACACAUACCUCUUGGCCGAUUUGAAUACGAAAGAGGCGGUAAUUAUCGAUCCAGUGCUUGAAAAGGUCAAGCGUGAUGCGAAUCUUGUUAAGGAACUGGGAUUUACGCUUAAAUAUGCGAUGAACACCCACAUGCACGCAGAUCAUAUCACCGGCAGUGGCUGGCUCAAGCAAUUGCUGCCCGGCAGUAAAUCGGUAAUUGCCAAGGCGAGCGGUGCCAAAGCAGACAUCCACCUGACCGAAGGCGAUCCGGUUAUCUUCGGACGUCAUCGCAUCGAUUCUCUGGCCACACCGGGUCACACCAAUGGCUGUAUGUCGUACGUGAUACAUGAGCAGGGUUGCAUUUUCACCGGCGAUACGGUGUUGAUACGCGGGUGUGGACGCACCGAUUUCCAAGAAGGCGAUGCUGGUCAUCUCUACGAUAAUGUGCAUAGUAAAAUAUUUACAUUGCCUGAGAGUUUUCGCAUUUAUCCAGCGCAUGAUUACAAAGGUACUAUGGAGAGCAGCGUUUGGGAAGAGAAAACCUACAAUCCUCGCUUGACCAAAACAAGGGCGCAAUUCGUUGAAAUCAUGAACAACCUCAAUUUGCCUUAUCCCAAGAAGAUCGAUGUUUCUCUUCCCGCUAAUCGCGAAUGCGGCGUCUAUGAUAUCCCAAAGGAAUAAAUAUUUGUUGUUUUACGAGAAAUUGUGUAUGAAAAUGUCGCUCAAAUGUGGGUCAACUCUUGCUGAAAGCACCAAACCACCGAGUCAUGGCGGGCUCAAGUAUUCUGAAGGGUACUGCUGUUAGCUGUACAGCAAGCUUUAUAAAGAUUUCUUCAAAAAAUAAAUAAAAACUACAUUUCAAGACUUUUUUUUAAAUAAAAUUGGAAAAAUUAA